AGGCUUGCCUUAUGUUUGUUUUGACUUGAUCAGAAAUUCGAUGAGGUAUCCGAAAACCAAAAUAAGGAUUAUGCCUGUGACUCGAUUGCAAAACCUACACCGUCACAACAGACUCGUUGGGGGCAGACUGGCGAUGCAGACUGCUACGGGAAGAUAAAAGGGAAUACCCCCGCCCUUCUUUACAGCCCCCAAUAACUGGUAGACACCAUUUUCACUUGUAAAACAGUUCCCGGGGUCUACAUGUCUGGGUGACGCUAGACGCCCCCCUGUUUUAAAUAUCAGAGUGCAGCGCUUAUAGUGCUUCCAGACCUCCUUAACAAUACAUUUCGCUGCUUUGAUUUUGUUCUGCAAAGGUUGUCGUUAUGGCUCAGCAUGUGUUAUCAGUAUUCAUGUUCGUGUUUAUUUCUCUCGCAUCGGGGUUGACGUUAGACAGUUCCGUUCAGUUUGCGUCCGACAGUCUUGGUUCCUCUACUGUUCGAUCGGCGUGUAAGCCCAUCCCCAGCACACUUUCACUGUGCCACGGUGUGGGUUACCGGGAGAUGAGGCUGCCCAACCUUCUGGGACAUGACUCGUUAAAAGAAGCCCAACAGCAAUCGGCAGCCUGGUUGCCGUUGGUCUCCAAACUCUGUCACCGGGAUACAAGGAAGUUCCUGUGCUCACUCUUUGCUCCAGUGUGCCUACCGGAGGGGGCCGUUCGCCCUUGCCGUGGGCUCUGCGAAGCUGUGAGGGACGGUUGUGUCCCGGUGAUGAACGCGUUUGGGUUUCCGUGGCCUAACAUGUUCAACUGCAGCCUGUUCCCACACAGGACCCAUCUAUGUAUUCCCACCACGGCCGGAGACACAAAGCAUUUGCAGGAGGGAGAGGGGCACGAGGAGAGAGCAAAGGGAUCAGUGAUCUGUGACGCCUGUAGCCUGGCCGCUGAGGGAGAGACAGACAUCCAGAGCGACUUCUGCAACAGUCCAUAUGCUUUCAAGCUGCGUAUCGGGAGUGUGACCGUGGAGGGCGGUGACCGCAGGGUAGUUCCUCUUGGCCGGAGUCGCAUCCUGAGGUGGGGGGGUGGAGGCGCGGAGCGAGCCGAGGGCAUCGGGGGGGCCAUGGCUUACAGCGCUCUUUGGCUGCACGAGGGGGGUACAUGUGAUUGCCCUGCCCUGGAAGAGGUCAAUACGGGAGAGAGGGAGGCCAAGAGAGAGGGGACGGGGUCCCUGGCUGGGGAGUGGCACCUGGGACUUGCUGACACACAGGAGGGCAGGCUGGUCCUCUCUAGGCUCGUGAGGUGGAGAAGGGGGGAAAAAGAGCUCAAGAAGUUCAUCCGGAGUCUGCUCAAACAGCCAUGCUGAGGUCAACAAACAAGCGUAGAGACUUAAGUCAGUCAAACAGAUGAGAUGACACCACAGCCCCCCUGAUAUGACAGCACAUCCCCCCUGAGAUGUCACAACAGCCCCCCCAGAGAUGACAGCACAUCCCCCCUGAGAUGACAGCACAUCCCCCCUGAGAUGUCACCACAGCCCCCCUGAGAUGACAGCACAUCCCCCUGAGAUGACAGCACAUCCCCCCUGAGAUGUCACCACAUCCACCUGAGAUGACAGCACAUCCCCCCUGAGAUGACAGCACAUCCCCCCUGAGAUGUCACCACACCCACCCUGAGAUGACAGCACAUCCCCCCUGAGAUGUCACCACAUCCCCCCUGAGAUGUCACCACAGCCCCCCUGAGAUGUCACCACAGCCCCCCUGAGAUGUCACCACAUCCCCCCUGAGAUGUCACCACAUCCCCCCUGAGAUGUCACCACAUCCCCCCUGAGAUGACAGCACAUCCCCCCUGAGAUGACAGCACAUCCCCCUGAGAUGACAGCACAUCCCCCCUGAGAUGUCACCACAGCCCUCCUGAGAUGACAGCACAUCCCCCAUGAGAUGUCACCACAUCCCCCCUGAGAUGACAGCACAUCCCCCCUGAGAUGACAGCACAUCCCCCUGAGAUGACAGCACAUCCCCCCUGAGAUGUCACCACAGCCCUCCUGAGAUGACAGCACAUCCCCCAUGAGAUGUCACCACAGCCCCCCUGAGAUGACAGUACAUCCCCCCUGAGAUGACAGUACAUCCCC